GGUGGGGCGGAGGGGGCUGCGGGUCCCCGCGGAGUGUGAGGGGGUCUCGGUGGCCUCGGCUGCUUGUCCCCGGCUAGGCAGGGGCACCGGCGGUAUUUUUGGGUGGCAGGGGGACCCGGGAGGCCUCCAGAGCCCUGCUGCAGGGCCCCGCUCCUCCAUUCCGUGUAAAUCUUGGUGAUCCGCGUGUGCAUGUGAUACGUUAAAAAAUGAGUGAAGAUUCUAAUAGAAAUCUGGAUAAAAACCAUGACCAGCUUAAUAAAAAACACAGUGUCUCCUCUCCUGAUUCAGCGGUAUCUUUUCUUCUAACCAGCGUUGGCAGCAGCAAUUCGUGCUCAAACAGUUUGAUUCGAUACAAGGACAAGCUUUACAGCUCUGCAUCUGAGGCUCUAGAAGCUUAUAUUGCGGAUUUUGAUCUAAGUCUCACGUCUUCAGAAAUAACCACUGGAAAAAUCUGCCUGUGUCAAAGUACUCCCAAACAAGCUGAGUUUUCAAAGCAUCGUGUCAAAGAAAAAUACGGUAUGUUUUCUGCAACAUUGGAUGACUGUAAUGAGCACACAGGAUUAAGUUCUCUUGCUUCACCCUGUAGAAGAGAGACGGAAUGUGACCCAGACUUGAUUAGUCUUGCGACAGAUGAUCUGUUAGCAUUUCCAGCAGAUGGAUCACUGCCCUGCGUCCCGAGUAGUCCUUUUAAAUCAAUUCAUCAAAAUAGUGAGUGGAACAGAUGGUCACUUAAGAAAUCUGUCUGCCCUUACCACACCGUGUCACUUGAUACUGAAAGGGGUUUUUGUCUUCAGGAGAAUGGCAAAGCUGAUGCUAACCAGAAUGUACGCAAACACUUCAGUAAAAAGAAACACAAUGCUUUUACACCUAACAGGUACAACUCUGUCUCCUCUAAAGGAAGUUCCAGACCCUUAUCUGUUGAGAACUCUGCCACUCUUCCUGCUAAGAACUAUCCAAGGUGGCUUACCAGUCAGAAGUCUGACUUAAAUGUAUCAGGGAUAAGCAGCAUUCCCAGUUUUCACUACCCAGUCUGGCUUAAGAGUCAUAACCUUUUUUCUGCUGCAACUAAAGAAAGCGGUGGACACAAUUUUAAUAUACAAGGCGAAACGUCCUCUUCACAGACCUUUGAGAUCCUGAAAAAACAAUGCUCCGUAGAUAAAGACAGUUCUGAUUUUCUUAAGAAAAAUGGUUGCCUGGAUCUGACAGGUGAUAACGAAGCAGCAGAAAGUUGCAAGUAUGACAGCCCAGAUGCACUCUUCCAAUCUGGUGCCUCCUUUUCAAGGCACACGAAACAGUCAUUUGGAGAAGACCGACUUGAGCUGCUUACCUUGAGGGCUGACAGAGAUCUGGAGAGUUCAAAUGAAGAUUCGUCAAAUACUCUGGAAAAUGGUAGCAGUCCUUCUACAACAGAUAUACUCGGAGCAGAAAGAUCAUGGGAAAAUGUUCUGGGUGCUUUCAAAUCACCAGUGCCCGCUUGCUGUGAGGACAAAAGGAAUCCUCUACCAUUCCCCAAGGCAGACAUCAUUCAUAAAUUCUUGGAAGACUGUUUAAAUGACAAAAACAAGGAAAACGUCUUUUCUGGAGAUCAUAAUCCCAGGCCCCUUGAAGCCUUGAAGUUUCAAGCAAUUCAGGGAAGUUCAAACCCAAACGAAAUGGCUGAGCAAAAGGAAGAGUUUGAAAAACUUUUUGAAAAAGCAGAUGCUGAAUUUAAACUCUGUGACAGCGAGAUAAUCCCUCCUACUAAUUCUAUUCAGAAGGCUUUACACUAUGUGUCAUGUCUUAAGAGUCUUCUUGAAGAUACCAUUACGAAACAAGAGCAAAGUGAUGAUCAUCAAGAAAAUAAAGAAGAAAACAGCUGAUAUCUACAAAGUUUAAUACUGUGUAAUGUACAUUGUUCUAUUUUUUUUUGGAAAGCUGGACCAGUGCAUGUUCUGAAAAAAUAUUUUAUUCGUUAUUUCUGUACACGUUCGUUACUUUCAUGAGUUAUUUCAGACCCUGAGUUAUUAGUGCUUCCAGUUGGAUCUAACAACAUGGGACAAGACACCACUUUUAAAAGAAUAUGGAAUUAAUGUUAACAUUGCAUGGAAGAAGCCCUGUGUGUUUAUAUUUUUUUAAUAAUAAAAUAACUAAACUAUU